AUGUCCCUGGUGAAAAAUCUUUUCUCUUCUGCAACGACAAGUACCGAACCGAAUCGUAACGACUUUGCCAUUGUUGAUGAUGGAUUGCAAACGGGGAGGGAGGCCGGCGGAAAUAUCAAAUUGGGCACAGGGAGGACCAGGCCGGAUACUAUGGCAUCGAAAGACAUCGAGGAGGAGGAAAGAGCGCCAUAUGUACAUUGCAUGAUUGCCGGAGGCCUAGGAGGGACGACGGGAGAUCUUCUGAUGCAUUCUUUAGAUACCGUGAAGACGCGGCAGCAGGGCGACCCGCACUUUCCUCCCAGAUAUACGUCUAUGGCCUCUUCAUAUUCUACGAUAUUCCGCCAGGAGGGCCUCCGACGGGGAUUGUAUGGAGGCUGGCUACCAGCAUUGCUAGGCUCCUUCCCAGGGACUAUCAUAUUCUUUGGGACCUACGAAUACAGUAAAAGGCACAUGAUUGAUUACGGUAUCAAUCCGCAGCUUGCGUAUCUUACUAGCGGUACAAACUUCCGAACCGUAUAUUUAGGAAUCUUGACUAAUGGGAGUGCAAUAGGGUUCGUUGCCGACUUUGCUGCAUCAUUCAUUUAUGUGCCCUCCGAGGUACUCAAAACGCGUCUACAGUUACAGGGUCGAUACAACAACCCCUACUUCAAUUCUGGAUAUAAUUAUAAGGGGUUUUCUCACGCCGCUAAAACAAUAUACCGUCAAGAAGGAUUUUCAGCUCUGUUCUAUGGAUAUAAAGCGACCAUUUUCAGGGAUCUGCCAUUUUCGGCUCUGCAAUUCACAUUCUACGAGCAAGGUCAGGAUUGGGCACGGAAAUGGAAGCAAAGCAGAGAGAUUGGGCUUCCUCUCGAGCUUUUGACAGGUGCCGCUGCUGGUGGACUUGCUGGUGUAAUAACAUGUCCACUCGAUGUCGUGAAAACUAGAAUUCAGACUCAAGUCAACAUUUCCGAGCCGGUAAUCAGUCACACAAACAAUGCCCUGGGAAAGAAAACGUCAAACUCAUCCAUACAGCAACAAAUCAGAAAGAUUUCGACAUCAUCGCCUUCGACGCAUACUCCUCGGCCAGGCGCCAGUAAUCUCGAUACCUCAUCCGUUAUCACUGGACUAAAGCUCAUAUACAAGAGCGAAGGGCUUGCAGGAGGCUUUCGCGGUGUUGGGCCUAGGUUUGUAUGGACCAGCGUUCAGAGUGGCUGCAUGCUCUUCUUAUAUCAAACAAUUUUACGGAAACUGGGUGUAUUAUCUUCUGCAAGCAACCGAGAAGAAGCUGUAUAA